CGCAGCGAGCACCGGCGCCGGAGCUGCCAGCACGCGCAGAAGGCGGACGCAGGCGGGGCGGAAGCGGGCCCGGCGGGCUGGGGCGGCGGGAGUGCGGGUGGGCGUUUAAAGGGGCCUUCGGCAUCCGGGUCGGUUCGCCGCCGGGACUGCUGACGGGGAGGUCUAGGUAGCCCCGGGAGUCGGGAUCUAGAAGGUAGAGGAGAAGCGGGGCUGUCUGACCCCCGGAGGUGACAAGGGGAGAGGGGCUGUGUGAAUACCCUCCAUGGGCACUAAUGGGAUGACUAUCCCCAGGGAGCACUGCGGAGGAGAGAGGCGGCUGAGGGACUGCACUUUCUGGGGCCCCCCGGGAGAGUCAGAGGGCAGUUAAGAGGGAUCACAGGCCCGGCUUGGUACUGUCACUCCCCUUCCCACUCCCUGCUCUCAGCAUUCUGUCACCUCCCUACCCCGUCGCGGUGCCCAGCCAUGGCCAGACCUCCCGUGCCCGGUUCGGUGGUUGUCCCAAACUGGCACGAGAGUGCCGAGGGCAAGGAGUACCUGGCUUGCAUUCUGCGCAAGAACCGCCGGCGGGUGUUUGGGCUGCUUGAGCGGCCAGUGCUGCCGCCGCCUGUGUCCAUUGACACUGCCAGCUACAAGAUCUUUGUGUCCGGGAAGAGUGGUGUGGGCAAGACGGCGCUGGUGGCCAAGCUGGCUGGCCUGGAGGUGCCUAUGGUGCACCACGAGACCACCGGCAUCCAGACCACCGUGGUAUUUUGGCCAGCCAAGCUGCAGGCCAGCAGCCGUGUCGUCAUGUUUCGUUUUGAGUUCUGGGACUGUGGAGAGUCUGCACUCAAAAAGUUCGAUCAUAUGCUGCCGGCUUGCAUGGAGAACACAGAUGCCUUCCUCUUCCUCUUCUCCUUCACUGACCGUGCCUCCUUUGAAGACCUCCCUGGACAGCUGGCCCGCAUAGCAGGUGAGGCCCCUGGUGUCGUCAGGAUGGUCAUCGGCUCCAAAUUUGACCAGUACAUGCACACGGACGUGCUCGAGCGGGACCUCACAGCCUUCCGGCAGGCCUGGGAGCUGCCCCUGCUACGGGUGAAGAGUGUGCCGGGACGGCGGCUGGCUGAUGGGCGCACACUGGACGGGCGGGCUGGGCUGGCCGACGUUGCCCACAUACUCAAUGGCCUUGCUGAGCAGCUGUGGCACCAGGACCAGGUGGCGGCUGGCCUGCUUCCCAACCCCCCAGAGAGUGCUCCUGAAUGAGUCACGAGUGGGUGCCUGUGAUCCCACCCCCUACCCUCAGGUCUCGACAUGGGGCUGGAGGCUGGGGCAGGAACAUGGAUCCUAUCUGGAGGACUGGCCAGCAUGGCCUGAUCAGGGAGGAUGUGGCCAGAGAAGGCCCACCCGCGAGCAGCGCUUUCCUUGCAGAAUUCAUGGCAGGGAGGUGGGGACCAAGGCCCUGAGCUCGAACAUCUCCCGCGGCCUUUCCCCCUUUGGCAGCACCGAUGGAGGAUGACUGGGAGAGGGGGUGCCUCUCAAGUGACUUCAAUCAAGAACCUGUAUUGGUUGAGGUGACACCAUGUGUUGUAACAGAUAAUCCCCGAAAUCCCAGUGCUGAACUCCAGAGACGUGUUCGUUCUCGCGUAGGCCUCAGCUCGGGAGGAGGUGACAGUGGGCGUGGGGCUCUGCUUCAGGCGCUCCUGCAGAGACCCAGCCCCAGAGACCCUACCCUGCCCAGUUGCCCUAGGGUAUCAGCACCCAGUCAGCAGCCAGGGAGUGAGUGCAGGCGGGAGGUGACCCCCCACUUUCUGUGGACCAGGCCCAGGGUGGCACCUCAUUCUGCCCACAUUCCAGAGGCCAGCACCCAGCAGUCAUGUGGUCAUGUGGCACUGUGGGGGAGGCUGGGACAUGGAGUCCACCUGUGAGUCCAGGAGUUAAGCCCGUCGCUCUGCAGGGCCUUUUUUUUUUUUUUCCAGAGUCUUGCUCUGUGGCACAGGUUGGAGUACAGUGGUGCAAUCUCAGCUCACUGCAACCUACACCUCCUGGGUUCAAGCGAUUCUCCUGCCUCAGCCUCCCAAGUAGCUGGGAUUACAGAUGCCAACCACCAUGCCUGGCUAAUUUUUGUAUUGUUAGUAGAGAUGGGGGUCUCACUAUGUUGGCCAGGCUGCUCUCGAACGCCUGACCUCAAAUAAUCCGCUCGCCACAGCCUCCCAAAAUGCUGGGAUUACAGGCACGAGCCACCGCACCCAGCCUGCAAUGCCUUUCUUGAUCAUGGAGCUGUCAGGCCAGGCUUAGGAUAGGAGUCUUGGCAGCCCAGGGGCACCCGAAAGCAGCACCAUGCAGGGCCAACGACCAUCCUAGUGGGGGUCAGGGCGUGAGCUGGCCUGAGAAGCAGCUCUGCCCCGUGGGAGGCCAUUGAGGACAGGAGCUGGGAGAGGAGUGAGUAGGCCCAGCCUUGUGUCUUGGCCCUGCCCCAUAAGCCAGAGACGCUGGUGGAAGUAGGCUAAGGAGGAUGAGGGGAAGUCCCCAGGGAAAGGGACCUUUAUACGAUCCCCUCCAAUGAGCCCCUGCUGGGCCCCAUAGAUGAACCCCUGGGCUGAGGCCUGGCGUGCGUCUGGCUCAAAGCAGAGUGUCCCCAAAGCCAGCUGACUCUCAGAACUCUGCAGCUGUGCCCAGGCACCACUCACACAGUAUGACCUGUGCUCAUACACCUGUGCUAGGACGAAAGCACUUUCCACUCCUGCCGACUGGCACACAGGAGGCCCAGACUCACCUGUCCUGAUGCCCGCGCCCAAGCACACUGCUCACAUGCCCAUGCACACUGCCAGCCUAUCCACCCUGGGUACUGCCACCUACAUUUGUCAACCCUUCCAGGGUCUGGGCCAGAGGAAGAAUUGAUUCCAGCACCUUCUCACCCCUGACUAAGGCUUAGAGCUCAGGCCCUGCACUUAUCCCACACCCCAAGAAGGAAUGUCCCUGGGCGGGACCCCCGCCUCAGAGCCUGCAGGCCGGCUGCCAGUCCUGCAGCCCUCAGCCCUGCUUCCAGGUGGGCCUGUCCACGUCCCCCUCUGUCCUUAACUCCAGGAGACCUUGGCUCACGUGGACAGCAAUGGAGUUGGGGGAAGGGCCCUGAAGGCAGCCCCAGGCCUGACUGUGGGCCUCCAGCUACAGGCAUUUGUGUUUGGGCACCAGCUACCCCACAUCCCAGCCGGUCAUCUCUGGGCAUAAACCCCCACCCCCCAGAAAGGAGGCUUCCUGUCCCUCUUGGGCACCAGCUCAGCCAAAAGCCAGAAAGCUGCUCUGGAGCAUAACCUGACCCCCCCACGGCGAGGCAGGGCAGUCUUCUCCUGGCUGGCACUGCUCUGGUCAUAGAAUUGAUCCCUCAUCCACCUUUACCCCAAACAAGAGGUGUCUCCCUGGGUGAGGACAAAGUGGGGAGGGCAACAGGGCUGGGGCUUAGAGCCCCUCCACCAGCCAUCCAGGGCUGCCUUCUCAGCUCCUCCCAGCGCAGCACCGGUGCCACUUUAGUAUUUAGUAGGCCACCCCCGGGACCUCCAUCACCACAGUGCAGAACUGGAAGCCACAAUGCUUUGAAUAGUUGACGCCUGUGCCUCCUGGGAGGUCUCUGGGCAGCCCUGUGGAGAGUGAUUGAGAGGAGAGUGUGUUCUUACAUGCACGUGUUCAGGCUGAUGGCAUGGGACUGUGACCCGUCCAGUCACACAGGGGCUCAAACUCCAAGGAGCCCCACACCUGGUUUAAUGCUCUGCUGUUGCCCUCUUGCUGAUGCCCUUCUUAUUUUUUUAGAGACAGGGUCUUGCUCUGUCGCCCAGGCCGGAGUGCAGUGGCACAAUCAUCAUUCGCUGUAGCCUCGAACUCCUGGGCUCAAGUGAUCCUCCCCGUUUCUCCCCAGCCCCGGAAGUAGCUCCCACCAUACCCAGCUAAUUUUAAAACUUUUUGAGAGACCAAGCUGGUCUCAAAUUCCUGGGCUCCACUGGGUGCAGUGGCUCACGCCUGUAAUCCCAGCACUUUAGGAGGCCAAGGUGGGCAGAUCACCUGAGGUCAGGAGUUCGAGACCAGCCUGGCAAACAUGGUGAAACCCCGUCUCUACUAAAAAUACAAAAAUUAGCUGGGUGUGGUGGCAAGUGCCUGUAAUCCCAGCUACUCAGGAGGCUGAGGCACGAGAAUCGCUUAAACCCAGGAGGCGGAGGUUGCAGUGAGCCAAGAUUACACCACUGCACUUCAGCCUGGGCAACAGAGUGAGACUCUGUCUCCAAAACAAAACAAAACAAACAACAAAAAAUGGGCUGGAGGAGCAGGUUGGAGGCCCUUCCGCCUCUGGUGGGUGGGGAGAAGCAGGGGAGCUGGUGUUCAGCUCUAUUCUACAAAGAAGGGGUGGAUCCUGAGAGGCAAGGGUGGGACUGAGGCUUAGUUACAGGUGGUCGGGAAGGAGGUUGAAGGGGAACUGUGUGACCUUGGAUGUCCUUUGUAAUUAUCUUAUGCUUAGCUGACACAUCUGUAAAAUGGAGAUAGCAGCACCCACUUCUUUGAGUUGUGAGAAGUAAUGCAUGUGAAAUGUUUAGCAUGUGCCGGGCACCAAGUUAAGAGCCCAGUAAAUGUUGGCUGUUA